AUGAGCCGCCUCGUGCCAGCCUGCGAAGCCAUCUUGGAGCAGCCCAAAGCGCCGUCGUUCUACAUCUGCACCGGCACGCAAGGUAUCUCGCCUCUGCCAGUCGUGCGCGUGGAGGGCCUUCCUGACCCUCUAUCCUGGCCUGUAUUGAGUGCCCAGCACGAACAACUAAGCGCCGAGUACGGCAAGGCCAGUGUCGUUCCCGCCACCGACCUCCUCAUCGCCAAUCAACGCGCUUUUGAAGAAGCCCUCCUCCAAACCGUCGUGCACAAGCUAUUGUCGACGCUCGGUAUCCGAGCCUCGAACGUCGGCGUCGUCUUGUCGCACCUCUGCAUCGACGCCGUUGGGUCCACGGACGUCCUCCGCGCCGCACCAAGCUGCAUUGCCAAUGCGUUUGGGACGCUGAUCGUGCUGCUGCCGUCAUUCCACACGGGCGGUGUCCUUACGUUCCGACGCCAGACGCACGCGAUUACGCUCCCGCACGACGCGGCCGAGCGCCCGAGAGGCUUUGACGGCGUCUUUAUCAACACCACGAUCGAGUCGACGCCAGUGACGUCCGGACGCCGCCUUGCGCUCGUCUUUGACUUGACAGGGGUCCACGAAACAGAGCGAGGGCCGUCCCGCUUACCGCUGAACCGCACCGGUCUGGCCGCCAAGCUGACGCUGCUCGCCGCGCAACCGCUGCCGCAGUGCCAGCGCAUCGCGUGCAGCCUCACGUACCUCCGCCCGGCGCCCGGCGACUUUGGCCAUCCUCACGCGGACGAAGACUCGCUGUUUCUGCGCCUGCGACCUCGGCACCGGUACCUCGUCAACAUCCGCUUGGCCUCGGCUGUGUUUGACAUCGCCGUCGUUCGCUUCUCAACGCGGCUGCUCACGACACGCAACGGCAGCAGCAACGACGAACGUGUCAUCGACAACCACGUCGCUGCGUUCGAAGUGCACUCGUCUUGCGACGUGCCUGAUUUGGUGGCCCAUCAGCUUGUCGGUGUCGCUGCCCACGCCUUCCUUGGCGAUCCUGACCACGAUGAACUCGCGCCCGUGAGCGCGCCUUCGGAGAUGGCACUGCUCUUCUGGCCCAAGCGCUUCCGAGCCGGCAUUGUCGGCAUGAAGCCAUCCUUGGCUCUCCUUCGCCACGCCGUCUUGAACCGCCGGACGGCGCGCCCGCUAGGGCUCACCAGCGUCCGCGAACUCGUCUUGGGGACCAUGGCAUUCUUUCACUCGGUCGCUUCUCUCGACUUGUGCGACGAGCGGACGGGCAACGCGCGUGACGGCAGUGCGGCCGCCAUGGGCGACGUUCUCUGCGCCUUAAACGACAAGGAAAUCGCUGCGUAUUUUCUCAGCGACGCGCUCGCCGUCUCGCCGGGAGGAACGCGCUGUUCCAUCGCGCUCCCCGACGCUGCCGCCUGCGUCCAAUCGUGUCUGAUGGCAUUUGGCCGGCGACAGCUCGCGACUGCGAUCUGCGACCUCUUGCGGCGCUGGCUCACCAGCACGACCCAGCGCGCCCACGUCGUGGGGUUGGUGUCGCUCCUCGCCGGUCUUUCCCAGGACGCCAAUGUGGCCAAGUCGGACAAGCUGUCGCUGUUUGCACUUCUUCGAUCGGUGGGUACCGUCCUAGAGGAGCUAUGGCCGCGGUCGCAAGACGACGCUGGCUUGAGGUGCGUGCUAAUGGCGCUCGCAGCCAAGUGCCGAGACGCGUACGUUGCUGGCGGCUUGCUGCUGCCCGUGCCUGGCAUGCGUGACGGUGACCUCGUCGACAUCCCGUUCGCCCCAAAGCACUGCGGUGACUGCAGCCAAGUGCGGCACUUUCUUGACGACGGGACGCAACUCCGACACGUGUUUCGUCGGCGCGUGUGCGCGCGAGUGCGCGACGUCGCGGUCGCCCACCCACGACGACUGCGCUUCAAGGAGAAGGCGCUCGCGGACGGAGUGUACAAAGCGAGUCUUCGGAAAGUGCAGCAGCCCGGGCGUAUGCGCAUUGCCCACGCAGCGUUAGCCAAGCGGCGCCACGUGAGCGCGACGACUAGCUACCGCCACCUCGAGGCCUUUCGUGGGCCCACGCCCGGCAACACGAGACAGUACACUCUCGUGCUCCACCGACCGGUGACUCGGCUGCACAUUGCGAUACGAGGCCACAUGAGCGCGACGACUAGCGACCGCCACAUCGAGGCCUUUUGCGCGCCCACGCCCGGCAACAUGAGACAGUACACUAUCGUGCUCGACCGACCGGUGACUCGGCUGCACAUUGCGAUACGAUUCCUAUGA